AAUGUGUAUCUGUGUGAAAAGGAUGUACGUGCAAUAUACACAUUUUUUUCAAAAUUAGUAUUAAGGGCACUGCCUGGAAACCCUGCUUUAUUCCCUUCCUUCUUCUGUUCUCCAGAAUCAUUAAUUAUUGACUCAUUUCAUGGUUGGUGGAGGCAAGUCUUGCUGGUCCUGUGCCCUCAUGUGGCUUAGAGAGAAGCCCCAAGAGAGAAGCAAACAUCUCCUUGGCUAAUCACAUUGAUCACCUCUUAGAGCAUAAGAGCUAUGUGUCCUUCAGGGGAGGGGAAAAGUCCUUUUCCAAACAGGUGAGAAUGGAAAGACACAAAGGGGAGAAAGUGGAGAAAGACCCCCAUCCUCCCACACUCGACUUUGCAGAUACAACUCUUCUGUGGUGUAGGAAACUACAAAGAGAACAGACGCAUCAAUUAGGAAAAACUGCCAGAACACAAAUGCCUUGGGUGACUCACUUGAAAAAAAAAACCCAAACUGUUUGAGGAUAAAUAAAAUACUAUCAUUCAAUAUGCUAAUUUUUAUUUAUACGGAGGAAUUGAGCAAGAAGGACUUUGCCAAUGCACCUUGGAUUUAAGACCUCUCUUUCCACUAACACCCAAGUCAGGAGCGAUACCAACAACUGAAUUUCAGCUGGAGAAAGGGCCACAGCACAAUGAAGCUUUUCAUAGGCCUUAUUUUCUGUUCCUUGGUGAUGGGAGUCAGCAGUGAUGGCUUGUUUUCAUUCUUCAAGGAGGCUGUGCAAGGGGCUUCGGACUUGUGGAGAGCCUACUGGGACAUGAAAGAAGCCAAUUACCAAAAUUCAGGCAGAUACUUUCGCGCUCGAGGGAACUACGAGGCUGCCCAAAGGGGCCCCGGGGGCAUCUGGGCAGCAAAAAUCAUCAGCAAUGUCAGGGAAUACUUUCAAGGACUCUUACAGUACCUUGGAAGCAGCUCUGAGAGGGAGGAGGACCAGGUGUCCAACCGGAGAGCGGAGGAAUGGGGCCGGAGUGGACAAGACCCAGAUCACUUCAGACCUGCUGGCCUGCCUAAGAAAUACUGAGCCCCCGGCUCCCUCUGCUCCAUGGGACUAGGCUGUGAGCCACACAUCACUCCCCUCACCGCCCCCAACAGGACACAGUGCACUGAGCUUUGUCUCCCCAAAUUUGAGACAGGGCAUCCUAAGGUCCCCAAUAAAUGUUGGUCACACUGAA